AAAAUGAAAUUGUGAUCUGUUUCUAGUGGGGUAUUUGAAAGAAAUAGAUUAAUUAGUAGAUUGUGUCUCACGCAUAUAUCUUUAAUAAUUCAUAUCAUAUUCAAAAAUAAAUAAGUAAAAAACACGUUGAUUAUAUCAAAUUUGGAGACCCCAAUAAUUUUAGUUCAUCAUGGGUAGGGACACUAUUGCUGAGAUAAUAACUUCUAUACGAAAUGCUGAUAUGGAUCGAAAAAGGGUGGUUCGAAUAGCAUCUACUAAUAUUACCGAAAAUAUUGUUCAAAUACUUUUACGAGAGGGUUUUAUCGAAAACGUGAGAAAAUCGAGAAAACAACAACGAUUUUUUGGUUUUAACCCUGCGACAUAGAAGGAAUAAGAAAAGACCCUAUAGAAAUAUUUUAAAUUUAAAACGAAUCAGUCGACCUGGUCUACGAAUCUAUUCUAAUUAUCAACGAAUUCCGCGAAUUUUAGGUGGAAUGGGGAUUGUAAUUCUUUCUACUUCUCGAGGUAUAAUGACAGACCGAGAGGCUCGACUAGAAGGAAUAGGUGGAGAAAUUUUGUGUUAUAUCUGGUAAUCCUUUAUAAUAUCCAAAUUGGAUUCGAAACUUCCUAUUUGUGAAAUUUGUUAAAAAUAAAAAAGGGGGGUUGUCUAAUAUCUUUCUCAUUAGUUGAUACCUCAAGGGAACUUUAAGAACCAAAAUGGAGUCAUGAAGCUUUAAUUACUGAAUCGCUUCCCAACGGUCUGUUCCGGGUUCGUUUAGAUCUGAUUCUAAAUUCUGUUUCAGGAAGAAUCCGACAUAGUUUUAUACGGAUACUGCCAGGAGAUAGAGUCAAAAUUUAAGUAAGUCCUUAUGAUUCAACGAAAGGGCGUAUAAUUUCUCGACUCCACAACAAAGAUUUGAAGGAUUAGUUUUUCAACUUCACCAUUCCUUUCGUGGGAAUACAAUUCGAGAUGAAAAAUUUCAAGAAACUUAUUUUCUUCCAAGAAAUAGAUUCAGAAUUAAGGUAAGGAAUGAGAAAUAUGAAAAUAAGAGCUUCCGUUCGUAAAAUUUGUGAAAAAUGUCGACUAAUCCGUAGGCGGGGACGAAUUAUAGUAAUUUGUUCCAACCCGAGACAUAAACAAAGACAGGGAUAAUCAGACUUGCCAGAAGAGCCGAUGUACAAAUAAAGAAUCUGUUUUGACAUGAAAUGGAUAUAUCCAUAUAUCUCUGACUCAUAUUUACGAGAUGAUAAAAUAUGGCAAAAGCUAUACCGAAAAUUAGUUCGCGUAGGAGUGGACGUAUUGGUUCACGUAAGGGUGCACGUAGAAUACCAAAGGGAGUUAUUCAUGUUCAAGCAAGUUUCAAUAAUACCAUUGUCACUGUUACAGAUGUACGGGGUCGAGUAGUUUCUUGGUCCUCUGCUGGUACUUCUGGAUUCAAAGGUACGAGAAGAGGAACACCGUUUGCUGCUCAAACCGCAGCAGCAAACGCUAUCCGUACAGUAGUGGAUCAAGGUAUGCAACGAGCAGAAGUCAUGAUAAAAGGUCCCGGUCUCGGAAGAGAUGCAGCAUUACGAGCUAUUCGUCGAAGUGGUAUACUAUUAACUUUCGUACGGGAUGUAACUCCUAUGCCACAUAAUGGCUGUAGACCUCCGAAAAAAAGACGUGUGUAG